AUGAGACUCGUUUCAAAGUUGCUCAAGGCGUUGCUGGUCUUGCUACUUGCCUUUGGGUCCGUUAGAUACUCAUGCGACAACUAUACAUCUGGAGAAUUACAAAUAUGCAAAUAUACUGCUCCGCAGCAUUACCGUGCCAUAAUAGGUGGUAGAUUCCCACAAGUGAUAAAGUACUCCGACUCGCUUGUGGCAAAGUACGAAACAGUGGUAGUUCCUCGUGUGGGAUCAGCAGUUAUCCAUGUGAAGGAUACUGUUGAGCAAAAAGUUGUCCCAAGUGUAAUUAGAACUUCACGGUCUUCUCUGAGUUUGGUUUACACUAAGGUUUACCCACGGGUGGUUAAGUAUGCCUUUAUUGCUGAAAGCUCCCUUUGUCGUUGGUACCUACAAUUGUGCCACCAGUAUACUGUCUAUGUGAAACCCGUUGUCAUCAAUUUGUAUUACAAGACUAUGAUCAAGUACCCCUUCCUUGAACAUGCAAUUUAUUCCGUACAGGCUCAAUAUAAAAUCAUGGAAACUCAUGUCUUCAAGUAUUACAAUAUUAUCUCUUAUAACGUCCAAGUUUGGAACGAUAAGUAUGGUUACGGAAGACUAUCCAGAAACAAGAUAUUUAUCAGAAUGAAGUCUACUGUUGUAGAACAUUUGAUUAUAUGGUACCGAUACGUGAACAAUAGGUGUCGCAAAAUGUGGCGUGAAAAUUUGUGCCCCAUAAUCAAUAAGUCGAGGGAAAGAUUUGCUUAUCACGGGGGUGUAAGACCUGAAUCAGCUACUACUGACCCCGAUGAUGAAUCUAUUUUCUAUGAAGAUGAUGAUGUGGAUGAAUACACGGAGACUUCCACUAUUGUACUAACAGUAACGCAAACAGCCAAUUCUGCCCUUGACUUGAAGGCAACGCCUAGUGCAUCUGGUCUUAUUGUUGACGAAUGUGAUAUGUCUAUGGAAGAAAUGUUAAGAAACGACUUUAUGUCCUGGAAAAUAACGAUUGAAAACAAACUGUCAAACACUAUGAAAGAUUUCGAAAAUGAUAUCAAUGAGUUCGCUCAGGAGAAACUAGAUCACAUUCAACCUACUUUGGCAGAUCUAUUGAAAAGAGCCAGUAACACUUCACAAACCAACUUCCAAAUAAUCACUAAGGCCAUCAUGGAUGUAAAUUGCACUGAAAGUGUGGAUCCAAAAACCAACAAAACCAUAUGGUUCGACCAAAACAAUACCCAGCUACCUAAGUACAUGACCAGAGAAUUAAUGCGUGAAUAUUUCUCGGCAGCACAUUCACAAUUCGAUGCACUAUCACAAGAGAUACGCGCUCAUCUACGAAAAUUGGCAGACGAAGUGAACGAUCACGUCGAAGUUCUCCGCCAAGAGAACGUCGAGCUGUUUGAAGAAUGGGCAGAUGUGAUGAUUACAGAAUGGUCUAAGAAUCUAGCCUACGUGGACGUGGCUGUUAACGAAGAGAAGCUGGCAGACUUAGAAAAGGAACAGCGUAAGAAUUGGAAAGACUUCAUGAAGUUGAAAAGACAAGUGAUUAAGACAAGAGAUACAUUGAUGGAGCAUCCAGUGAAGCUUGACUCUCUACAGUCCUUUGUGAACACAGUACAGCAGUCGUUGAAGACGCUCUCUCAUGAAAACGGAGAAUAUUUGUACAUUUUGAGAAGUAAAGCUAAUCUAGAGUUCCAAGCACGUGAGGCUUUAGAGCGACAGCAAAGAGAGAAGGAGAAGGCAGAGUCCGCUUCGAUGAAAGCAUCAACUGAAUUCGAACUCUCUUCCUCUUCCUUUUCCUCUUCCUCUCCCUCCACUGCAUCUUCAUGCACUGCAUCAAGUACCUCUACUGCUUCCUUACUCGCUGUGGAAAAAACUAUCGCACUAGAAGACCUGCAAUCCUAUUAUCAAAAUGUAUCAAGUACAGAUUCUCUGUAA